AUUCCCCUCUUCCCACAGUGACGCUUUGAACAUUUCGAGGGUUCCAUUCGGCAAUGGACGAUUAUACAGAUCAGGAGAAAAUGGAGGAAUCGGCGAUCCAGUACGAUGGCUCCUCUACGGUUCUCGACCUCACUAGUUAUCAGCUCCACAGUCUUGAAUCCAUUGAUAUCCCUUUCAAUUUGACUGAGCUAGAUCUAACUGCCAAUCGCUUGACGGUCUUGGAUUCUCGCAUUGGCCUUCUUUCCAACCUCAAAAAGCUCUCUCUGCGCCAAAACCUUCUCGAUGACGCUGGCGUUGACAUGAUCUCCGACUGGGAUGCCAUUUCGGGCCUCGAAGAGUUAGUGCUCAGAGAUAACAAGCUAACUAAAAUACCCGAUGUCAGCAUAUUUAAGAAACUUUUGGUGUUUGAUGUUUCUUUCAAUGAAAUUUCUUCAUUGAAUGGACUGGCCAAGGUCUCCAACACACUCAAGGAGCUAUAUGUUUCGAAAAAUGAAGUGACUACGAUGGAAGAGAUUGACCACUUUCAUGAACUGCAGAUUCUUGAACUUGGUUCCAACAGAUUACGGGUAAUGGAGAACUUGCAAACUUUAACAAAAUUAAAGGAGCUGUGGCUGGGUCGAAACCGGAUCAGAGUAGUAAAUCUUUGUGGGCUGAAAUGCAUUGAAAAGAUUAGCUUGCAGAGCAAUCGUUUAACUUCUAUGAAAGGGUUUGAAGAUUGUGUUGCUUUGGAAGAACUCUACUUGAGUCAUAAUGGUAUAGCAAAAAUGGAAGGCCUGUCAACCUUAGUGAAUCUCCGUGUUUUGGAUGCAUCGUCAAAUAAGCUAACAGCAGUGGAUGACAUCGAAAAUCUUACCCAGUUAGAAGAUUUGUGGCUCAAUGAUAACCAAAUAAUGUCUCUUGAAGGCAUUGCUGAGGCUGUGGCUGGUUCAAGGGAGAAGCUCACCACUAUCUACCUUGAGAACAAUCCAUGCGCAAAAAAUUCUCCAAACUACUCUGCUACUCUGAAACAAAUCUUCCCUAAUCUUCAGCAGAUUGAUUCAGCUGUAUUUGGUUAGAAGUUCCUGUGGCUCUAGAUUUUAAUAUUCUCUGAAGACAUCUGAAGCUGAAGGCCCCAGAAAGCUGUUGUUUAUAUGAAUGGCAAAUUUGUAGUUCAGGAGGUAGCUGAAGGUAUGGUAGCUGUGAGGUAGCUGAAUGAAUGUUAGCUGUCUGUUGACAGGAGGCUGGAGCAAUGAAGUCUAAAUUGCCCAAGCAUGGGAUACUGAUUAAUAAAGAGUUAUCCUAACAUAAAUUUUGAAUAAUAAGUAUUAUUAGAUUCCCUUUCAAUGUUGUUUCUUCUCCUUGAAACACUUUUUGGGCUGGAGAUAUGCAUAGUGCCUUUUGAAGCAGCUUCUCUUCUUCUGUUGGUCAAGUUCUAGCGGAGUUUUCAGGAUAGAGGAAUGUUCUAAACUUCUACGCAUGAGUUUCGUGUCAAUUUUAUUUGUGGGGUUUAAGAUGUUUUUAUUUUUAUUUUAUAAUUUAAAUGAGUUCUCCUUGUAUA